AUGGCAGCCAUCCUACGAAGAACCACCGCCAAGGCGGCGGCGGAGCUGCUCCUGCGUCCGCCCCACGGCGCCGGCCGGCUCGCGCGGUUCCUGGGGGACUGCGCGUCGGCUGCUUCUCACGAUACUGGGGCCGCGGCUCCGGCGGCGGAGUUCGUGCCGUGGGGCAACGGCGGGGGCGUGCUGCACCGGGCGGCGUCCGUCGACCCCACCGCCGUGGUGGAGGCCGGCGCCGUGGUGCAUUCCGGCGCUGUGAUUGGCAAGGAGGUCGUCGUCGGGUCUGGCACCGUGGUCGGGUCUUCGGUGUCUGUCGGACAGUCCACCAGGAUCGGGUACAAUGUUGUCUUGAGCAAUUGCUCCGUGGGCGAGUUCUGUACUAUCCAUAAUGGCGCUUGCAUCGGUCAAGAUGGUUUUGGUUUCUUUGUGGACAAGGAUGGGAAGGUCAAGAAGAAGCCACAGCUACUUUAUGCAAGAAUCGGUGACAAUGUGGAGAUAGGUGCAAAUACAUGCAUUGACAGAGGAAGUUGGAGAGACACAAUAAUUGGAGAUGCCACCAAGAUUGAUAAUCUUGUUCAGAUAGGUCACAAUGUGGUAAUUGGAAAGUGCUGUAUGAUUUGUGGACAAGCUGGGAUUGCUGGUUCUGCAACCUUGGGGGACUAUGUCACGUUAGGUGGUCGGGUGGCAAUCCGGGAUCAUGUCUCCAUUGCUUCAAAGGUUCGACUUGCAGCAAAUAGUCUAGCAACAAAGGACAUUCAAAAUCCGGGUGACUAUGGUGGAUUUCCAGCUGUCCCGGUAAAUGAAUGGCGCCGGCAAACUGUGAACUUGCGGUUACUUUCGAAGAAACAUGUCAUCAGAAGAUAGUAUCAAUGUGGUCCAAAUGUGGUGUAGCUUGAUCCUCUCGAUGGGAAAUUGUAUUAUCUCACUAGACAGCUAGCAUUGAAAUACAUGGUUUUGCACUAUGCAUUUACACAAAUAAGAGGCUGAUUUGAUAGAGAUUGGGGAGGGGAUGAUGGCAACGCGCUGGGUGUAUUUAUCUCUCUCUGCCGGGAAUCCAUUUCGGCUUUGGUCUGGGGGAGAAGCGCCAUCGCUGAUCCCUGUAACCGGAUUGUAGUUGAGACAGAUUGUCAGUCUCUUCUGCCAGAAUUUGAUCACAUGAUUUCAAUCGGCUAAUACCAGAAGGAAAAAAUGGGAGUGGUGUCA